CUCGCGACUAUAAAAGACGUUAGAUUCCAUAUUUUCAUCAUCACUUUGUUUUGAAAUUUCUUUAAGAUAGUCAAGAACUUCUAAACCAAAAUAUUCAAAAUGAAAUUCCUUAUUGUGUUCGCUCUCUGCAUUGUUGCUGCUUUGGCUGCACCACCAACUGGAGACGUCUCCAUCCUUAAGUCAAACUUCGCCAACACUGGAGAAACAUACGCAUUCGACUUCGAACAAAGUGAUGGACAAAAACGUGACGAAACCGGCGAAGUUCGUAACAUUGGAACAGAAAAUGAAGGUAUUGCCGUUAAGGGAUCAUUCUCUUUCGUUGCUGAUGAUGGCCAGACAUACACAGUCACAUAUGUUGCUGACGAGAACGGUUUCCAACCAUCAGCUGCCCAUUUGCCACAAUUGCUUAUUCAACGACGGUAUAAAAAGAGACGAACGUGUAAGCUCCACUAUCAGUGUUUCUUCAGUUUCUUUGGAAAGCAAUCACAAAAUAUCAAAAUGAAAUUCCUUAUCGUGUUCGCACUCUGCAUUGUUGCCGCAUUAGCCGCUCCAGCUGAUGUUGAAAUCACCAAGAGCAGCUUCGAUAACAUCGGAAUUGAUGGAUAUUCUUUCGAUUUCGAACAAAGCGAUGGACAAAAACGUGAAGAAUCAGCUGUUGUCAACAACUUAGGAUCAGAAAACGAGUCAAUUGCCGUCCGUGGAUCAUUCUCUUUCAUUGGUGAUGAUGGCCAGACAUACACAGUCACAUACGUUGCUGACGAGAACGUUUUCAAAAAAAAAAUCAAAAUGAAAUUCCUUAUCGUAUUCGCACUUUGCUUCGUUGCCGCUUUGGCCGCACCAGCUGAUGUUGAAAUCCUCAAGAGCAACUUUGAGAACAUUGGAGUUGAUGGAUACAAAUUCGAUUUCGAACAAAGCGAUGGACAAAAACGUGAAGAAUCAGCUGUUGUUAACAACUUAGGAUCAGAAAACGAGUCAAUUGCCGUCCGUGGAUCAUUCUCUUUCGUUGGUGAUGAUGGCCAAACCUACACAGUCACAUACAUUGCUGACGAGAACGGUUUCCAACCAUCAGCUGCCCAUUUGCCAGUUGCCUAAAUUCCUUUCCUUAAAAAUUUUCCCUGCCACAAUUCCUAUCCACCUUUUGUAAUUAAUUUUCAAAUUUAUAGAAAAUUUAAAUAAAUCUGAAAACACCAAAUACAAA